UUCUUCUUUGUGCAGCCCGACAAGCUUCCCCCAAGCCACCGACUUUUAUUCCUUGAGAAAAUUGGUAGCAAGCUUGAUUGUUCCCUUCCUUUUCUUGUUAAAGAACUGAUUUUAGGACCUAGAACCCUCCCUUUGAAGUAGGAAUUUCCAGAUCUGCGCUGUCUUCUUCUCCUCUGUCCGCCGGCCUCUGCUGUGUGGAGGUUGAGUUCGGUUUUCUGCUCCUGUGACAUCCCUUCCCCUUUCCCGAUCUCUGCCAAGCUCGCCAGAUCCGGCUUCUAUUGCUGGAAAUAUUCUGGUGCUGUUGUGGCUUAGAGCUCUGGGUCGAGUUUCUUGUUUAUUCCAAGUGAGGUAGUGUGACUCAAGACGUGGGAAACAAGGGGAGUGAUGAGCUAAAUGGCUAGCUAUAAUAUUUGGAUAUAGAUUUUGAGUUUAGAUUAUUCUUUGUAAGUUAGAUUCAUUGUUGUGAGAUAUUUGAUUUAAGUUAUGUCAGAUGUGAGUUGGAUAAGUUUCGAACCUGGUACACUUGUGGGACCCGUCUUAUAAGUGUACGGCGUUUGUUACGCUUUCGGAUUUGGGUUAUGGGGCAUGACAUUUCGGUUGAGAAGGUGAGGGUGCACUAGAGUCGGUGCCACUGCCAUUAUAACAUGUUUUCUCUUGGGUCUCCCACUGGGUCUCGUGGACAAUGGUACUCGAAGACCCAAUUCCUUGUGAUUGAUUUUUUCUCACUGGUCGUUGGGAAGCAACGUCAACGGACUUGUCACCCCUACAAGCUCCGGCUAGAGGGUCAUCAUCUUGAACAAUAGGUUCUUAAUCAUCAUGUUGUUCCUCUUGUUGAUCUGGCAUCUCAAUAACACUUCGUGAUCUACAUUUCAAUGCAGCAACCCAUCUCUUUCUAACAGAAUUUUGUGAUGGAUGUGGAGUGUAAUACAUUUGUUUAGCUUGA